AUGCCAUCGGUGACCGACUACCAGGUGGCGCUGACCCCCAAGGCGUCGUCAGACCCCGCCUCGGAGCCGGUCAACAACGACGAGAUGCGCUCGUUCGGGGAGUACUGCCGCACGCGCUUCACGACGCUCAAGCCGCCCAUGACCAAGGUGGACAACCCGUUCACGGUGCUGGCGCAGCUCAACCGCAUGCAGUGGCUGCAGUUCCUCACCUUCGGCAAGACCAAGACGCAGAUCACGUGGGGCAUCACGCUCGUGCUCAUGCUCCGAUCGGUCGGCUCCAUCAUCUUCGGCAUUGCUUCCGAUUGCUAUGGACGCAAGGUGCCAUUUAUCGUGAACAACCUACUAUUUAUGGUCCUUGAACUGGCGACCGGAUUCUGCCAAAACUACACGCAGUUCCUCAUCGUGCGCGCGCUCUUCGGCAUCGCCAUGGGCGGUUUGUACGGCAACGUCGCGGCAACGGCGCUCGAGGACUGUCCUCCUGCCGCGCGCGGUAUUGUUUCGGGUAUGAUGCAGCAGGGCUAUGCCUUCGGCUACCUCUUGGCGGUCGUCCAUGGAUGGCGUCCGCUGUUCUGGUUCGGAGCCUGCCCGCCCGUGUUCAUCAUCAUCUUCCGACUGUACCUGCCCGAGACCAAGGUGUUCCAGGAACGCCAGCGCGUGCGUGAGGCCAGCCGCGACAUGACCAAGACGUUCAUCGCGGAGGGAAAGAUCGCGCUCAAGCGCCACUGGCUGCUGCUGUGCUACAUGGUGCUGCUCAUGGCCGGCUUCAACUUCAUGUCUCACGGCUCGCAGGACCUGUACCCCACGAUGCUUGAGAACCAGUUUGAGUUCAACUCCAACCAGGUGACCGUGACCCAGGUCGUGGCCAACUUGGGUGCCAUUUGUGGCGGUACCGUGGUCGGCUACUACUCGCAAGUCUUCGGUCGUCGCCUGUCGAUCCUCGUCAUGGCCGUCGUCGGAGCUGCUCUCCUCUACCCGUACUGCUACGUCAGCGACGAGAAGAUCAUGAUCGCCGCCUUCUUCGAGCAGUUCUGCGUCCAGGGCGCUUGGGGUGUCAUCCCGAUCCACCUAAUGGAGCUGUCCCCUCCGUCCUACAGUGCGUUUGUGGUGGGUACGGCCUAUCAGCUCGGUAAUCUGGUUUCGUCCGCCUCAUCGACGAUCGAGUCUUCCCUCGGCGAACACUUCCCGCUGCCGGACGGUGAGAACGGAGUGGCCCGGUACCAGUACGGCAAGGUGAUCUGCAUCUUCUUGGGUGUUGUGUACGUCUACGUGUUCUUGCUGACGCUCAUCGGACCUGAGGCACGUGGAAAGGAGUUCGAUGUCAAGCACGACCACGAUCUGGAAGAAGCUGCGCACGUCAACCACGAGGAUCUCGAGCGGAUCAUCCACGGAGACGACAUGACCCCCACUGGAGCCAAGUCCAUGAAAGUGUAA